GUUGUUGACGUAAUUUCCGGCAAGUAUGACGACAGCAUCGGCAGCUGCCUCAUCGUUGAUUGCAGAUACCCGUAUGAAUACAACGGCGGCCAUGUUCCGGGCGCCAUUAAUGCUCAUCGACCAGAAGACAUACCCUCCAUUUUGAAUCAACAUCAGAGCAUGCGCAAUGCAGCCAGCGACAAGCGCCACAUCGUCAUCUUUUACUGCGAGUUUUCUUCUGAGCGAGGGCCAAGGAUGUGUCGUAAUGUAAGGAAAGCUGACCGUGACCUGAACAAGGACAGCUACCCAUUCCUGAACUUUCCCGAGAUCUACGUCAUGCAUAACGGCUUCAAGGACUUCUACGAAACACACCGGAACUUGUGCGAGCCCAUUGGUUACACGCCGAUGCUUCACAAGGAUCAUUCCGAGGAUCUACGUCACUUCCGGUCCAAGUCCAAGUCCUGGAGUGGCGGAUCCAGGCGUCGUGUUUCCGGACUGCGUCUCUUCUGAUCCAGAUACGUUAUAGCAAUCUGAGGGACGAAUUGUUAAAUCGUGAAUUGUUGGUGAUGUCGUGCUGUUUCAUGUAGUUCGUUUUGGAAUCAGAUGUGUGUAUUGUUAUCGCAAGAACUUGUCCUGAGUUUGCUAAAUGUAUUUACAAAGACGAUGUGAAAUUUUCUUUGAUAAA